AUGAACAACAGCGCCACGUCCACGUCCAUCAUCGACGAUCACCACGGGUUCGGCACCACGGCCAUCCACGGCGGUCAGGCCCCCGACGCGCAGACAGGAGCCGUUGCCGUGCCCAUUAUCCUCGCCAGCACCUUUGCCCAGUCGUCCCCGGGCGUCCCAGCCGGUCGCGAGCAAGCCACGUCGUUCGGUAAAGGCUUUGAGUACUCGCGCACGGGUAACCCGACGCGCGGGGCCCUCGAGCGCGCGCUCGCGGCCUGCGAACAGGGCCGCUUUGCGGUCUGCUACUCGUCCGGCAUGGCCGCCACGACGGCCGUGACGCACUUGCUCCAGCACGGGGACCACGUGCUCUGCAUUGACGACGUCUACGGUGGCACGCAGCGGUACUUUCGGCAGACGGUGCAGCCCACGUACGCCAUUGAGUUUGACUUUACUGAUAUGAGCGACUUGGACCACGUGGCGUCGCUCGUGCGUCCUGGGCAGACAAAGCUCUUGUGGGUCGAGAGCCCGACGAACCCGACGCUCAAGAUCACCGACCUGCGCGCCGUUGCGGCGUUCGCGCGCGCACAUAAGCUGCUGCUCGCAGUCGACAACACGUUCUUGUCGCCGUACUUUCAGAACCCUCUGACGCUCGGGGCCGACCUCGUCGUGCACAGCCUCACAAAGUACAUUAACGGACACAGUGACGUGGUCGGCGGCGUCGUCGUGACCAACUCGGACGAGCUCCACGCCAAGCUGCGCUUCGUGCAGAACGGCAUUGGCGCUGUGCCGUCGCCUUUUGACUGCUACUUGGCGCUCCGUGGCUUGAAGACGCUGCACGUGCGGAUGGCUGCCCAUGCCAAGAACGCCCAAGCCGUGGCCGAGUACCUGGAAUCGCACGCGGCAGUGGAGCGAGUGGUGUACCCCGGGCUGCCGUCGCACCCGCAGCACGCGAUCGCCAAAUCCCAAGCCUCGGGCUUUGGGGGUAUGGUCACGUUCUACAUACGCGGCGGCCUCGACAAGGCACGGGCUUUUCUCGAGCACCUCCAGGUGUUUACGCUGGCGGAAAGCCUCGGUGCAGUCGAGUCGCUCGCCGAAUCGCCGGCUAUCAUGACCCACGCGUCUGUGCCUCCUGCGAUCCGCAAGGAACUGGGCAUAUCGGAUUCCCUCGUCCGUCUCUCGGUUGGGAUCGAGGGGCUGCCCGAUAUCUUGGCAGACCUCGAGCGCGCGCUCGCGGCUGAGCCCGCGACUUCUUCGUAG